CUGCCGCUGGGUUCGCCUUUCUCCUUAUCUUCAUAAAAUUAAGAGCUGUUCCCGUCUCUCUCCUUCGUUGACUUCUUUGUCUUCUUUUCUAAUCGCGGAAUCUCUCGGACCUGCAAAUUAGCGGCAAUGACUCGCGGUAACCAGAGGGAACGUGAUCGUGAAAGGGCUCAGUCCAGGAGCACCAACAAGGGAGGCAAAGGCAAGGAUGACGGCUUAACUCCCGAGCAACGCCGUGAAAGGGAUGCUAAGGCUCUGCAAGAGAAGGCCGCUAAGAAGGCGGCACAAGCAGCGCCAGGAGGGACAUCGGCUGGAGGUAAAGGAGACAAUAAGAAAUAAUACUCAAAGUAUUGCUUUUUGAGGUUGAGGACUUUCUUUUCUUUUUUUUUUUUCUUUUUGGGUUUUCUUUAAUAAUUUGAAGGUAGGGUUCUUGUGCUGGUCACCGGGUGGAUGGUUGUUCCGAAUGUUCAAUGACUUGCUUUGUUAGUAUUGUAUUGAACUUUGUUAAGGAUAUUGAAAAUAUGGAAUUAGCAUAUACCUUUGUUGUAGAUUGUUGUUUUCUCUUCUGUGGUUGUAGUUGUUCAAAAGUGUUGAGACGUAAAAUUUGUUAAUUUUGAAGAGUAAAA